GCUGGGCUUUAAGGUUGGACAUGGCAAACUGUGUAUUAAUAUCAUGAAGCUCUGGGGUUGGUUUUGCAAUUUAUGCUCUUCUCAUUGACAAGAACUCUAUUCUCAAAGUCAAACAAAGCAAACUGUCUACAGCCCUAAGCUAGUGCCGCUGUAUUAUUGUAACAAUCCUGCUAUCACCACUUGAUAUAUAAAUGGCCCAUUAUCUUUCAGGAAUCUCGCAUUUUUAUCUUGUUUCUUCCAGUAAUCUUCUCUCCGAUCCUUAAUUUUUUCAAAAUGUCUGGGAUUAUCAAAUCAAAUAGUUCGACGACUGGCAAUGAGCAGGUAAAAUCAACCGAGUCCUUCAACAGAAAUUUAUCUAAACCAGAAAAAUUAAAAUCGCUGUCUGACAUUGAAUUGAAUGUCAUAGAGUUAGAUCAAAAUAAGAAAAACAUCGGUUAUGUUUCUGCUGUGUUUUUGAUUCUCAAUAGAGUUGUUGGUACUGGUAUUUUCUCUGUUACUUCAAGUAUUUAUCUUUUAAGUCUGUCCGUUGGGGCAACCUUGCUUCUAUGGGCUGCUGGCUCAAUUAUUGCUUUGGCAGGAUUGUAUGUCUACAUGGAAUUUGGUUCUGCUAUUCCAAGAAAUGGAGGAGAAAAAAAUUAUUUGGAAUACAUUUUUCACAGCCAAAAGUUUCUAAUCACUUCCAUGUAUGCUUCCUAUGUUUUGCUACUUGGUUGGGCCGCUGGUAACUCAAUUGUAGCUGGUGAAUAUCUUCUCAAUGCUGCUGGUCAAACCGUUACUCAAUGGAACUCAAGAGGAAUUGGUAUUGCAGUUAUAACAUUUGCCUUUCUUGUUCAUAGUGCCAAUAUUAAAGCUGGUUUGUACUUGCAAAACUUUUUGGGUCUUUUCAAAAUUGGAAUUAUUGCCUUUAUAUCUGUCACAGGGUGGGUAGCCCUAGGUGGAGGAAUUAAGAAUGACAAUUUCCAACCUACAGGAAACUUCUCGAACGCCUUUGAUGGCCCUUCUCCUACAGGUUAUGGAAUUGUCACUUCUCUUUAUAAUGUUAUUUGGUCCUUCAUCGGUUAUUCCAACGUUAACUAUGCUUUAGGUGAAGUCAGAAAUCCAACCAAGACCUUAAAGACUUCUGCUCCAAUUGCCAUUGUUUUGAUCUCAAUAAUCUAUAUGUUUGUCAACAUUGCCUAUUUUGCCGUGGUGCCCAAAGAAGAGAUUGGGACUUCAGGAAGAAUAUUAGCUGGUUCAUUUUUUAGAUUUGCUUUUGGUGAAACAGCAGAAAAAGCUUCCUCUGUUUUUGUUGGUUUGAGUGCAGUUGGAAAUGUACUAUCUGUUAUAUUUUCUCAAGGAAGAAUUGUCCAGCAGUUGGGUCGUGAAGGAGUCUUGCCAUUCAGUAGCUUUUUUGCUUCAACCAGACCAUUCAAUACUCCUGCCACGGGUUUGUUUGAACACUGGUUAAUUUGUGUUAUUACAAUUGUUGCUCCUCCUCCAGGUGAUGCUUAUAAUUUUGUCAUGAAUUUAAUUUCCUAUCCUUUGAAUGUCAUUAAUACCGCGGUGGCAUUUGGUCUAUUGUACAUUCAUUAUAAAGAUUACAAACAAAUUGAUCUUUGGAAGCCUCCUAUCAGAACUUAUGAUGUUGUCAUUCUAUUUUUUGGAUUGGCAUCUCUAUAUCUUAUCAUUGCUCCCUAUAUUCCUCCUGAUGAUGGUCAAAAUGUUUAUAAUGAUUUACCCUAUUGGAUUCAUCCUGUAGUAACAUGGGGAGUCUUUGGUAUUGGCGUUGUAUAUUAUUUGGUAUGGGGAGUUUUCUUACCAAAGAGAGGUGGCUAUUACUUGGCAGUAAAAGAAUUUUUAGGUGAAGAUGGAUUUUGGCGUAAUAAAAUAUUUAAAAUUCCAAAUGGAGAAAAUGAAAAUAGUUACAUUGAGCAGCAUCGCUAUGAAAAUGAUUAAAUCUGAAAAUAGGCGGAUAUAUUUCUUUUAACUUUUUGUUCCUAUUAUAUUACUUCACUUUUGGCUGCUGUAAGUACCUUUACGCUCUUGCUCAACCGCUAACACCUUACUGAAAUUCAUAUAUUGAAGGCUGAACUUCAAUUUUAGACCUACUUCCAAUAUAAUCAAAAUUGAAUACAAAACAUACUGUCAUUGCAACUGGAAAAAAAGCUACAUCGUGAAGACAAUGGUAAACAACUAAGCUCCAUUAUUCAAGGCUUUGUGACCCUCCCGGAUGUCUACAUUCGGUCUCUCGGUGUCUCUCACUGAUCUGCU